AUAGAGAGGGGUAUCCAUACUGUCAGUUUUUUAUUUUACCGUUAUCGCCCCCGUUAUCGAAUUGUUCUAAUAUGAACUGAUCGACUGAAUUAUGCAUGAAUAAGGUGAUUUUAUAGUGGGCAUAGACUUUGUAUUGAAACUCACGUAAUUAAAUUUUGACGAAUCUUUCGAGACGAAUUUUAAGUGAUAAAAGGACUGGUUCAUUUAUUUAUGUAGCCUACAACUGAUUGCUACAAACUUCACAAGAAAACAUGCCGUAUAAAUAUAACAACAACGGACGAAGAAAUCGUGGUGGUCCGUACAAAACAACGCCCGCAACAGAUCUAACUAGAUGGCGUCUAACAAAUGUGGAAGGUCGACAGACGUGGUAUUAUAUUCCUGAUGGAGAAAAAGCCGAGAGAGAACAGACGAUGCUUGAACUAUAUUCUCUAGGACUUGAUACAAGUGAAUAUGCACCAGAUCUACCAAGACCAACUAAAGCUAGUCAGGCAUCAUAUAACGGAAUGAAAUUCUACAGUAAAUUACAAGCUGAAGACGGCCAUUGGGCUGGAGAUUAUGGUGGUCCACUUUUUCUUAUGCCAGGUUUAGUUAUAUGUUGUUAUAUAACAGGAAGUAAGUUUACUGAAGCUCAAACUCUAGAAAUGAUCCGUUAUUUACGAUCUGUACAAUGUCCUGACGGAGGCUGGGGACUACAUAUUGAAGGUCCACCAACAGUAUUUGGUUGUGCGUUAAACUAUGUAGUGAUGAGAUUACUGGGCGUGCCAUCCAGCGACCCAGAUUUAAUCAAAGCCAGACAGAUGCUCCAUUCUUUAGGUACAGCUAAAGGUAUUCCAUCCUGGGGCAAGUUUUGGUUGGCUAUAUUAAAUGUUUAUAGUUGGGAUGGUUUACAUUCUCUCUUUCCAGAAAUGUGGAUUUUACCUGACUGGAUACCUGUACAUCCGUCUAAAUUAUGGUGUCACUGUCGUCAAGUCUAUCUACCCAUGGCUUUCUGUUACGGUAAACGAUUUAAAGCUAAAGAAGAUGAACUGAUCUUAUCAUUACGUAAGGAACUAUAUACAGAAGAUUAUGAGAAUAUUGAUUGGCCAGCACAGAGAAACAAUUGUUCAUUGGCUGAUUUAUAUACUCCACACACCUGGUUUCUAGAUAUAGCAUAUUAUGUGUUGGAUAUAUAUGAGAAAUGUUAUAUAUCAUCAGUUAGAGAGAAAGCAUUAAAGAUGUGUUACGAUCAUAUCUGUGCUGAUGAUAAAUUUACUAAAGGUAUCAGUAUAGGACCGGUAUCCAAGGUAAUACAGAUGUUAGUUCGCUGGUUUAUUGAUGGUCCAGAUCAUCCAGACUUUAAAAUGCAUCAAGAUCGUGUUAAAGACUAUCUCUGGAUUGGUUUAGAUGGAAUGAAAAUGAAUGGUACGAAUGGUUCACAGUUAUGGGAUACAGCUUUUGUAGCACAGGCACUUUUAGAGGGUGGAGCAGAUACUAUGAAGGAAUUUUCUCACUGUUUGGACAAAACUCACGAAUUCCUGAAAGUGAGUCAGAUUCCUGAAAACCCACCUGAUUAUCAGAAAUAUUAUAGACAGAUGAAUAAGGGAGGAUUUCCAUUUAGUACAAGAGACUGUGGCUGGAUAGUCAGUGAUUGUACAGCAGAAGGGUUAAAGAGCGUAUUGUAUUUACAGGAGAGAUGUGAUUAUUUAUCACAACAAAUUCCUGCAGAAAAACUUUACCAAGCUGUAGAUGUGUUAUUAAGUAUGAAAUGUCAUGAUGGAGGAUUUGCUAGUUACGAAACAAAACGUGGUGGAGUUUUACUAGAAAAAUUAAACCCUUCAGAAGUAUUUGGUGAUAUUAUGAUUGAUUAUACGUAUGUAGAAUGUACGUCUGCUGUGAUGCAAUCAUUGAAACAUUUCAAGGACAAACAUCCUGAAUACAGAGCUGACGAAAUCAGACUUACACUCGAUGACGGUCUUCAUUAUAUUCAAAAUAAACAAAGACCUGAUGGAUCAUGGGAAGGUUCAUGGGGAGUGUGUUUUACGUAUGCAGCAUGGUUUGGUUUAGAAGCGUACGCUUGUAUGGGAUUCCGAUACGAUAAAAAUAAUGCUCCCCCUGCAGUAAAAGAAGCGUGUAAAUUUCUGGAGUUGAAACAGAAAGAAGAUGGUGGUUGGGGUGAGAAAUUUGAGUCAUGUGAACAAAGACAGUAUGUAGAGUGUGAACAAUCACAAAUAGUCAACACCUGCUGGGCUUUAUUAGGUCUUAUGUCUGUCAGAUAUCCACAUUUAGAAGUUUUAGAGAAAGGUAUAAAAUUAAUCAUGGAUAGACAAAUAUCAAAUGGAGAUUGGCCACAGGAGAAUAUUCCAGGUGUUUUUAAUAAAACAUGUGCUAUAAGUUAUACUAAUUAUAGAAAUAUAUUCCCCAUCUGGACACUCGGUCGAUUUACAAAACUUUAUCCACAGAGUUCUCUAGCUUCCUAAUCUACUACAUAACUUCAUGAUGUCAGAAAUUAUCUCAUGAUUGACAACUAAUUGUUCGGUCAUCCCCACGGGAUAGAAUCCAAUACGAUACCAAAUAAUUUCACCAAUAUAAUUAUGAUUGUUGAUGAAGAGCAGCCAAUCAUCAUCAUCAUCGACCAAUGAUCCAUGACACAUAGAAUAAUUUUUUUUAUAUACUUUAUUUUAUUAUUAACCAUUUGAACACCAAGUCCCAGAACUUAUUGUGACCUCAACUAUGGUUUCCUGGGACCAAGAUCUACAUCUAGAUGUUGAGCUGUAAGAUGUCCUUCAUCUGGAUGUUAACAAGUGAAUGAGAACCAACGGCUUGUAUUGGCAGAACUACAACUUCACAGCAAGAAAUCCGGAUGCUUGUGUUCAAAGGGUUAAAUUUAAAAGAUGACUUCCAAUUACAACAACUGAAUGCUGAACUUUUUCAAGAUUUACGGGACCAUUUAUAAGCAUCCUCAACGUGGUUGUUAUUGUAAAUUUCAGACACUUACAAAGAAAGACAACUUAGUAUAUGAACUAUGGAUGCAGACCACCAAAGAUUAUUCCCAUUGACUUUCUACCUCCUUAUAUUCAAGUGUGAAAAUUAGGAUACAAUGUUGACAAGAGCUUAAUUAAAGGAACCAUACCUAUUCAUUUGUGGAUUAAACUAGUUAAAUCUGUGGAAAUGAUUUUGCAAUUUUGGUGAUUGACAAUAGGUUCCUGAACUUCAUGCUAUUUACUAAGUGCCUGGUAAGCUGUCUACAUAUAAGUGCCAUUGUUAUAGUGUUAUAUAAUCAAAUUCUAUGUAAGAAACAUCAAAUCCAACCACCAACUCACACAGGAUUCUGGGGUUUUUUUAACCGCUCUGUCCAAACUUAGUGAAUUUAGUGCGAAAUUCAUGGACAUUUUUUAAAAUUAAUAUCCUGUAUCAGUGCUGUACAGUUUCUAUGAUGAUGAUUUAAUUGUUUUUAAUAAAUAUCCUAAUUCUAUCAUUCUUUGAGUUCUUGAAAUAGAAGGAAAUUAAGUUGACAGACUAAUAUACUGAGCGCCAUGGAAAACGCAUCACUAUUUUUUCCCAAAUAUUUUAUUACUAGGUGGUUUUGUAUGUAUAAUAUUAUGCAAUACUAUGAACUAUUGUUUCACACAAUGCUCCCAAACGCAAAAAAAAUCGGCCUGUGUUCACAAAAAAAAAUUGCACGAGAUGCACAUGAAAAACCCAAUAUUCACGUGCAGCAUUGUGUGUGAGCCCUUUAAAAGCAUGUUUUCAACUUAAUAUGCAGUACAUGAACUGUGAAACGUCAAUCUGUCGUAAUUUGUUGUUGUACGUGUGAAGGAAUCGAGCUAGAGAUGCCGAGACUUACUGAAAAUCAACGGAAUGAAGCCAUGGGAAUGUCCAGGGCUGGCAUGUCUACACGUGCUAUUGCCAGACACUUCAAUUGUCAUCAGUCCACUAUUGGAAGGUUGGUGGAACGUGUUUGAGUUACUGGAUCAACACGUGACCGUCAACGUCCUGGUCCACAACGCGUUACAACCCAGGCUCAAGACCGCUACAUCCGGGUCACUCAUCUGCGUGACAGAUUCCGCCCAGCGACUCGAACAGGUGCAGCAGUCGUCGGAAGACAAGGACCAGUAAGUGCCAACAUCGUAAGACGUCGUCUAAGAGAAGUAGGACUCCGUGCACGACGACCUUAUGUUGGAGCUAUCCUCAGGGAUCAUCACCGUCAGCGGCGUUUGAUAUGGGCUCAAGGACACCAGACAUGGAGAAGAGUAGACUGGCAAAGUGUGCUCUUCAGUGAUGAGAGUCGCUUUCAUCUUUAUCACGCUGAUGGCCGUCAACGUGUGUGGAGACGUCUUGGGGAACGUCUUGCAGACUGCUGCGUCUUCGAAACGAAUCGAUUGGGUGGGGAAGUGUAAUGGUGUGGGGAGGCUUCACAUUUCAUUACCGGACCGCCCUACACAUUUGCAGGGGUCGCGUUAAUGCUGUAGCCUACCGUGAUGAUGUCUUGCAACCAAUUGUUGUUCCAAUGUUUGGAGCGCACCCACAACUUCAGCACUUCCAACAGGAUAAUGCACGUACGCAUACUGCCCGUUUUAGUAUGGACUACCUGGCUGCUAACAACAUCAAUGUCUUGGACUGGCCAGCCAUGUCUCCGGACAUGGCACUGAUAGAACAUGUCUGGGAUGAGAUUGGACGCCGUCUGUAUCGGAGACCACAGAUGCACACCAUUGCUGCUUUAGAAGCUGCUCUUGUCCAAGAAUGGAACAAUUUGCCCCAGGCCUUCUUUCAAACAUUGGUAAAUUCCAUGCGACGUCGCUGCACAGCAUGCGUAAGAGCCCGUGGAGGAUACACGCGCUACUGACAUCUGUGUCGUACUUUUGGUUUUAACCCCUCUGACUUUGUACCGUUAAUUACAGAUUAAACAUCCAUAAGUGUACAAAUGUGUUGUUAUUGAUGUGUUCCCAUUUGAAUAUUGUUCACAAUAA